AAAGCCUUGAUCGUACGACUGAGGGUGUGUGUGAGUGUGUUUUAAGAUAGCCCGUCACUCGCCGAAAUUGAAACAAAACAAUUGUAACAAUGGCAAUGAUUCUGGCAUACUGGGAUAUCAGAGGGCUCGCUCAGCCAAUCCGCCUGCUGUUGGAGUACACGGACACCAAAUAUGAGGAGAAACUCUACGCUUGCGGCGAAGCUCCCAAUUAUGACAAAAGUUGUUGGUUUGACGAGAAGCCCACACUUAAGAUGGAUUUCCCCAAUCUGCCUUAUCUUGCGGAUGGAGACAGGAAAAUAGUCCAAAGCAAUGCCAUCAUGAGAUACAUUGCUCGGAAGCAUAAGCUUUGUGGGGAGACUGAGGAUGAGAAGGUUCGGGUGGACAUCCUUGAAAAUCAGGCAAUGGACUUCCGUAAUGGCUUUGUCAUCCUCUGCUAUACAGAUCUUGAGAAAAAGAAGCCUGGAUACUUGAAACAACUCCCUGACACCCUGAAGCAAUUCUCUGAUUUUUUGGGAGACAGGAAAUGGUUCGCUGGAGAUAAGAUUACCUUUGUGGACUUCCUCAUGUAUGAGCUUUUGGAUCAACAUCGUAUGUUUGAACCCAAAUGCCUGGAUGAGUUCAAGAAUCUUAAGGAGUUUCUGGACCAUUUUGAGGGGCUUGAAAAGAUAGCAGCGUACAUGAAAUCCAGCAAGUUCAUGAAGACUCCAGUGAAUAAUAAAAUGGCGAAGUGGGGCAACAAGAAAGAGUGAAACGACUUUGAAAAGCAAACAUGUCCUAUGUGAUGAGGACAUCACUGUAGCAGAAGUUAAUAGGCGUUAUGAAGAACAUUUCCAUUGUAUUCAUGUAGAAUAUGUUUUCCUCUACAGACACGUUCUGUCCUUACACUGCUUUUUUAAGUUCCAGUGUUUUAUGAGGUCUUCAGAAGACGAGUAGUGUUUUGUGAUUUGUUAUCCUGGUCUAAGGCCAAUUUAUGUUCUGCCUCAAGUAAUAAGAACAAGCACUUCAUUUUGUCAUGUUUAUAUUUGAUCUGUAUUACUUCUGAAAUUUGUAUUGUGAAACAAUAACUGCAAGAGCACUCUUUUGACUUGAUAAAAGGCAACAUCUUUUCA